GAAAGUGUCACCAUGCCUCCAAUUAAAGGAAAAAUGUUGUCUUACCCUGAAGAACAAAUGGAGGCGGCUAUAGCGGCUGUAUCAGCAGGAGAGGCUGUUGCAAGAGCAGCGAAGACUUACAACGUUCCACGUGCUACAUUAACUUAUAAAAUUAAAGGCAUUACACCACGGGAACGAAGAAUGGGUCCUAAUCCAAUUUUAAGAGAAGACGAAGAAAAGGUUCUGGUAACGUGGAUAUUUUCAAUGGCAAAAGCGGGAUUUCCUAUUGGAAAAGACACGUUACUUGAUAGUGUUCAGCACUUAAUAAUAGAUUUAAAACGUACUAACCCUUUCACCAACAACAGACCAGGUCGAAAAUGGUACGAAAGUUUUCUUAGACGACAUCCAGAAGUAGCUAAGCGGACUGCUCAAAAUCUUACGAUUAGUAGAUCCUCAGUGACGAAGGAGCAUUUACAAGCAUGGUUUAAGGAAGUACGCAUCUAUCUCGACACAAACGGAUACAGCUCUAUUUUAGAAGAUCCCUCGAGAGUGUUCAAUAGCGACGAAACUGCUUUUUUCUUAAACCCAAAGGGAGGAAAAGUGCUAGCUCCAAAAGGUGACAAAUCUGUUUACCAGCAAGUCAACAGCGAUGAAAAGGAAUGCUUGACCGUUCUUGUAACGGGUAACGCUGCUGGACAAAUACCUCCACCUAUGGUUGUAUUUAGGUAUGACCGGAUUCCAAAGGAAAUUGCUAUGAGUAUUCCUGAGAAUUGGGGGAUAGGAAAAUCUGAAUCCGGGUGGAUGACCGGAGAAACAUUCUUCGAGUUUAUUACAAAUAUUUUUCAUCCUUGGCUACUAGGCAACAAUAUCACAUUACCUAUAAUUCUUUUUAUUGACGGACAUGCGUCACACCUAAAUCUUCAUACUAGCAGGUUUUGUGCAGAUAACGGCAUAAUACUUACAGCACUCUUUCCAAAUGCAACACAUUUGAUCCAACCGAUGGAUCUAGCAGUUUUUAGAACACUCAAAGAGGGAUGGAAAACUAAGGUACAACAAUGGCGUAUAGAUAAUCACGAGUCGCCUGUAUUAAAAAAAGUCCAUUUCUGUCCUUUGUUAAAUACGUUACUACAAGAAAGGUUAACUCCUUCAAUACUUCAAAACGGAUUCAGAAAAUGUGGGCUGGUACCUUGGAAUCCCCAGGAAGUUACCUUACCACUUGUAGCAGGCAAGAUAGAAUCGAAUAUUAAACACCGUGCCACCACUUCAAAAAAUAUUGAUGAACUAAAGCAAGGUUUACAAUUUUUGGAGAAAUUAUUCUAA